AUGACAUGCUUACUGAAGUUUUUGAACCCGCGCAAAAAUGCGGCUAGCAUGAUGGCUUUCCCGUGUCGACAUGGUGCCGCCGCGCGUUUUGACCACUUGAGUUGUGGCACCACGUGUAUAGUUGAGGUACCUACUAGUUUAUUUAUUUUUGCGCGGGCGGUCCAAAGAAAACACACGAGGGAGUUUGCAAGAAAAAAAACAAAACGCAAAAAUUGCGUCACGAUUUUAACACCCAUGUACAAUCUGCCACUUCCCAUUGCACAAAAAAAACCAAAGGAAAUUCUGAUAGAAGCAUCAGAAGUUUGA